AUGUGGAAUAAACGACCAGAGUUCACUGCAUGGUUGGCAGAAGUGAAACAGGUGAAUCUAGAAACCCUGCCAAACUGGGAAGAGAAGCAAAUGUUCAAACAAUUCAUGGAGGAUCAUAACACGGCAACUUUUCCUUCCAAAAAAUAUUAUAACCUUGAUGCUUAUUACCAACAUAAAAUGGAAAAGGAACUGAAGAAAGGUUUCAAGAAGGUCAUGGCAUCAGAGCGUACUGUAUUUAAUGAUGAAGAACAGCGUCGGCAAGAACUAAUGCGAGAACGUGAAAAGCAAAAGGAAGCAGAGGUGGAAGCCUUAAAGUGUUCUAUGCAGAGUGGAAUGGCACAAGCAAUGAAAGAACAAGCCCAGCUGAGAGAAGAGAUGGCUUACCAGUACAAGCUUGGCAAUUUUGAGGCCGCGGCUGCUAUUCAAAGAAGGUUGGACCCAGAUGUUGCUAUGUGAGUCUUACUAGCUUUAACGUGAAAGCCUAAACUAUUACAGAUUCAUGUAUUUCUCAUCUUAUAACAUGCACAUGGAUCCUGACCACCAAGCUGCCAAAGAUAUCACUUCUGGUGUUGAUAUUUAUAGUUGACUGCCAAGGAAAACAAAUGGAUCUUCUUAAUGUUUUGGGGCUUAGGCAUUUGUGUUUCUCAUCAUCUAUGCACUUCCAGUUUUUGCAGCUACAUAGGAAUGCUGUAUUUAGCAGCCAUUGUAUCAGCAGUAAUGUUAAUUCUGAUUUUUCUACGCA